UGGCGGCGAGUGGAGCGCUUCCCACAGCGGGCAUUAUAAUUGAUUAGGUUUCUCGAUAUCCAGAUUGUUCCUAAGAAGAAAAUUGACAAGACCACAUUUCUUUGCAAACAUUGAGGAGCUAGUUGGCAAGAUGAAGGUCUUUUGCGGUCGUGCCAAUCCAACCACAGGAUCCCUGGAAUGGCUGGAGGAGGAUGAACACUAUGAUUAUCAUCAGGAAAUUGCCAGGUCAUCCUAUGCAGAUAUGCUGCACGACAAAGACAGAAAUAUAAAAUAUUACCAGGGUAUCCGGGCAGCUGUGAGUAGGGUGAAAGACAGAGGACAGAAGGCCUUGGUUCUUGACAUUGGCACUGGCACAGGUCUCUUGUCGAUGAUGGCAGUUACUGCAGGUGCUGACUUCUGCUAUGCUAUUGAGGUUUUUAAGCCAAUGGCUGAUGCUGCUGUGAAGAUUGUGGAGAAAAAUGGCUUCAGUGAUAAGAUUAAAGUUAUUAACAAGCAUUCCACUGAGGUGACAGUUGGACCAGAUGGUGACUUGCCUUGUCGUGCUAACAUCCUGGUCACAGAGCUGUUUGACACUGAACUGAUCGGGGAGGGAGCACUGCCCUCUUACGAGCAUGCACAUAGGCAUCUUGUGCAGGAAAAUUGUGAAGCAGUGCCUCACAAAGCAACUGUCUAUGCCCAGCUGGUGGAGUCCAGAAGGAUGUGGUCAUGGAACAAGCUGUUUCCUGUCCGUAUUCAGACUGGUCUUGGAGAGCAGGUCAUUGUUCCUCCCUCAGAAUUGGAGAGGUGUCCUGGUGCACCUUCAGUCUAUGACAUUCAGCUGAAUCAGGUGUCAUCUGCUGACUUCACUGUCCUCAGUGAUGUGCUACCAAUGUUCAGUGUGGACUUCAGCAAGCAAGUCAGUAGCUCGGCAGCCUGUCAUAGCAGGCAGUUUGUACCUGUGGCAUCUGGCCAAGCACAGGUGGUUCUUUCCUGGUGGGACAUUGAAAUGGACCCAGAGGGGAAGAUCAAAUGUACCAUGGCACCCUAUUGGGCACAGACAGACCCACAGGAGCUUCAGUGGCGGGACCACUGGAUGCAGUGUGUAUACUUCUUGCCACAGGAGGAUCCCGUUGUUCAGGGCUCACCCCAAUGCUUGGUAGCCCACCAUGAUGACUACUGUGUGUGGUACAGCCUCCAGAGGACCAGUGCUGAUGAGAAUGAGAAAGUCUACCAAGUGCGCCCUGUGUGUGAUUGUCAGGCUCACUUGCUCUGGAACCGGCCUCGGUUUGGAGAGAUUAAUGAUCAGGACAGAACUGAUCAAUUUGCCCAAGCCCUGAGGACUGUGCUGACACCAGGGACCAACUGUCUUUGUGUCAGUGAUGGCAGUCUCCUCUCUGUGCUGGCCCAUCACCUUGGGGCAGAGCAGGUGUUUACAGUUGAGAGUUCGGCAGCUUCUUAUAGACUGAUGAAAAGGAUCUUCAAGGCUAACCACUUGGAAGAUAAAAUUAGUAUUAUCAAGAAACGGCCUGAGUUGUUAACAUCUGCAGAUCUGGAGGAUAAGAAGGUCUCCCUCCUCCUGGGUGAACCCUUCUUCUCCACCAGCCUGCUACCAUGGCACAACCUAUACUUCUGGUAUGUUCGUACUUCCGUGGACCAGCACCUGGAACCUGGAGCUGUGGUGAUGCCCCAGGCAGCCUCACUGCAUGCCAUGAUUGUGGAGUUCAGGGAUUUGUGGCGGAUCCGAAGCCCUUGUGGUAACUGUGAAGGCUUUGAUGUGCACAUCAUGGAUGAUAUGAUUAAGCACUCCCUGGAUUUUCGAGAGAGCAGAGAGGCAGAGCCCCACCCAUUGUGGGAGUACCCCUGCCGUAGCCUCUCUGAGCCUCAGCAGAUUCUGACCUUUGAUUUCCAGCAGCCUGUGCCCCAGCAGCCUGUGCGUGCUGAGGGGUCCAUGGAACUGAGAAGACCUGGGAAGAGCCAUGGAGCUGUCCUGUGGAUGGAAUAUCAUCUGACUCCAGGCAGCACAGUCAGCACCGGCCUCAUGAACCCUUUGGAAGACAAGGGGGACUGCUGCUGGAACCCCCACUGCAAGCAAGCUGUGUACUUCCUCAGCACCACAGUGGAUCCCAGAGUGCCUCUGGAUGGCCCUCAGUCAGUCAGCUAUGCUGUGGAGUUUCAUCCCCUCACUGGAGACAUCACCAUGGAGUUUAGGCUUGCAGACACCUUGAACUAAUCUUCCCUUGUUGAGAAAUUAAAUGGCCAGUAGGCUUCAGACUGAAUGGCUUGGGGCUCAUUGGGGAAGGAAGGCUAAGAACUUACGUCUUUGCAUGCACCUACUUGGCAUCUGCACAGCGGAGACCUCUUAUGUUUGUGCCUUAGUGCUUCUGGCUUGCAGCAUCAGGUGUGGCAGACAGCAUAGGCUGGUGACUGAUUUAAGAGUUCUGAAGCAACCAGGGAGAAUGGCUUGUGGUUCUGAGAGUUCAGAAAGCUCUGGUAUAGGAAUGCUUCCUGUCCUACCUGGAGGAGAACUGAGGAACAACCUUCUCUGGGACUAAGGUAGGACUGCCCACUUAGCUGGAACCUACCCAGCCUUUCGCUCUCUAGGAAUCUCCAGGUCUCUGCUUAGAGAAUGGCCUUCUAGGGGUUAGAGGCCACAUUUAUAAACAUUUGGGUAUCUCGCCUCAGUGUCUGAUAAGCUAUGAGACUUGGACACCAGGGUGCUGCUCACGGGCCAGGGAAGAGACCAUCCUCAAGCAGUUCCCUGUGGGAAACCACUGGAAAGGAAACUUGGGAGAGUAUCCGUCUCCUGUCUGAAGGCCCUUGCUCUGAUGGCUUAUCCUUGCUGCAGCAGAAAGUGCAAAGAUUCCCCAGCUGGUCACAGCCUUGUCCCACCUCUCUCCUCUCUCCCAUACUCUUGCUAAUGACAUCUCAGUUCGAAAGGAUUUGAGGAGAACCUAGUGGAACCUAGGUGGCUAAAUCCUUAGCAUUUCAGGGCAGACGUGGACUGUGUCCCCAUGGUCACCAACCCCCAAAGCCCCGAGGCUGGUAUGGACUCUGGAAAUCCAUUGGCCCUUCACAGUUUGUCGAGCAAAUAAGUACAGAACCAGAAUGCCAGCCUUGAGCCUCACAGUUUUAUUUUCUCGUCAUUCUUCAUCCUUCCUUUCAGCACCAUAAAGGAAAAAUCCACCUCUUUCAACAUUGUUUUUUAAUCAGGCAUAAAGAUUGUUUUUCUUCUUGGGAAGAAUCGUCUGGAUAUAUAUUUGAUAAUGUUUUACCAAAACCUUAGGUAUCUUACCAUAUAAAACCCCUAAUGUCCCAUGAGGAUACAAUACAGAAAUUAAAAAGUUUCUUCUUUUUCUUUUAAAACAGUAUUUCUAAAUCUGAGCAAGUUAAUACAAUAGUUAAAAAGCAUCAAGGUUAAUAUUCAUUCUUAAAACUCAGGUGAUUUUGGACAAAUAAAGAUGAAUGAAUGGUCCUUCCUAA